UCCCCGGCCCCUCCCAAUCCCCGGUGCCCUUCUACCAUUCUUUCACGCUUUCUUUUUCUCCGUUCUGGGCUACGAGUUCUCUCCUACCCGUUGCCGUUCUCUUCUCGUCCGCUCCUACGCUCCCAACUUUCUUGUGGCAGCCAGGAGAGCGGACGGAGAAGAAGAGAGGGAGAGAGGAAGAGCGAGCGUAUUCGUCAAAGAGUGUCGCAUGGAACAAACCGUUCCCGAGAUUCCUAAUUAAAAUACGUAUAUUCAAAACACAACAACAGACGCUAAAGAGCAAACGAUAAAAAAGACGAAACCCAUGUGACCGUCCUGUCACUCUUUCCUUCUAUCUUCCUUAUCUCUCUCCUUCUUCGUGGCCUCUUCCUCCCCUCGCCUCUCUUUUCUUGCCUGCGUCCUGUACCCUCUUCUUUGUUCUCGUUUCCACCAAGCAAUCAUUCCUCCAGACGAAAAGAAACCCCUUUCCCACCCCCCCUCACCCACCCAAAACCCUUCGACUAUAUAAACAUCACCCGACGCCGCUGCAACAAAGAGACUAGCGAUGGCGUCGGCGGCCACAUCCACGGCGGCGCUCCUCCUCCUUCUCCUCCUCUUUUGCUCCUCCUUCUCCUUCCACGUGGCGGCAGCAAAAGAGAAGAGGGUGACGUACAUCGUCCACAUGGCCAAAUCCAGGAUGCCGGCCACCUUCACCGAGCACGGCAACUGGUACGACGCCUCCCUCCGUUCCGUCUCUGACUCCGCUAAGAUCCUCUACUUAUACGACACCGUCGCCCACGGCUUCUCCGCCCGCCUCACCCCGGCCGAGGCCCAAGCCUUGGAAUCUCUCGACGGUGUCCUCUGCGUCCUCGCGGAGGUCCGGUACGAGCUCCAUACCACUCGGACACCGGAGUUCCUGGGCCUCGACAAGAGCGACGGCCUCGUCCCCCAGGCCAACACCGCCAGCGAUGUCGUGGUGGGAGUUCUUGACACCGGCGUCUGGCCGGAGAGGAAAAGCUUCGACGACACGGGCUUCGGCCCCGUGCCGGCCGGGUGGAAGGGCGCGUGCGAGGAGGGGAAGGACUUCAAGGCGACGUCCUGCAACCGGAAACUGAUCGGGGCGCGGUUCUUCUCCAAGGGCUAUGAGGCCAGCAUGGGCCCCAUCGACGAGAGCAGGGAGUCGCGGUCUCCGCGAGACAUCGACGGCCACGGGACCCACACCUCCACCACCGCCGCCGGCUCCGCCGUGACGGACGCGAGCCUCCUUGGCUUUGCCACCGGCACCGCCAGGGGAAUGUCGACCCGGGCUCGCGUCGCCGCGUACAAGGUGUGCUGGGCCGGCGGGUGCUUCAGCUCCGACAUCCUCGCCGCAAUGGACGCGGCGGUGGACGACGGGUGCCAUGUACUCUCUCUGUCCCUCGGCGGCGGGAUGUCGGAUUAUUAUAGGGACAGCGUCGCGAUCGGGGCGUUCAACGCGAUGGAGAAGGGGGUUCUGGUCUCGUGCUCCGCCGGAAACGCCGGCCCUACCGACUCCAGCCUCUCCAACGUCGCCCCCUGGAUCACCACCGUGGGGGCUGGAACUCUCGACCGGGACUUCCCAGCCUAUGUGGUGCUCGGAAAUGGCAAGAACUAUACUGGGGUCUCCCUCUAUAGUGGGAAGCCGCUUCCGAGCACGCCGCUUCCCAUCGUGUACGCUGGAAACGCCAGCAACUCCACCAGCGGGAAUCUUUGCAUGCCGGGGACGCUGAUCCCGGAGAAGGUGGCCGGGAAGAUCGUUCUUUGCGACCGCGGGAUCAGUCCUCGGGUCCAGAAGGGCUAUGUGGUGCGCGAAGCCGGCGGAGCCGGGAUGGUCCUCGCCAACACCGACGCCAACGGCGAGGAGCUCGUCGCCGACGCCCACCUCCUUCCCGCCUCCGGGGUUGGCGAAAAGGCCGGCGACGCCAUCAGAGCAUAUCUGUUGUCCGAGACGAGUCCGACAGCGAGCGUUGUGUUCGGGGGGACGAAGGUGGGGGUGCGGCCGUCGCCGGUGGUGGCGGCGUUCUCGUCGCGGGGGCCGAACGCGGUGACGCCGGAGAUCCUGAAGCCGGAUCUGAUUGCCCCCGGUGUCAACAUCCUGGCCGGAUGGACCGGUGCGGUGGGGCCCACGGGGCUGUCGGUGGACUCGCGGCGGGUGGAAUUCAGCAUCAUCUCCGGGACCUCCAUGUCGUGUCCCCACGUUAGCGGCCUGGCCGCCCUCCUCAAAGGGGCCCACCCGGACUGGAGCCCCGCCGCCAUCCGCUCCGCCCUCAUGACCACCGCCUACUCCGCCUACCCCGGCGGCGAUGGCCUCCUCGAUGUCGCCACCGGCAAGGCCGCCACCCCCUUCGACUACGGCGCCGGCCACGUCGACCCCCCACGCGCCAUGGAGCCGGGCCUCGUCUACGACCUCACCGCCGACGACUACAUUGACUUCCUCUGCGCCCUUAACUACACCUCCCUCCAGAUCGCCGCCGUCGCCAAAAGAACCAACUACGCCUGCGAUGAUAAAAAGACCUACGCGGUCUCAGGACUCAACUACCCGUCCUUCGCGGUGGCGUUCGCGACGACGAGCGGGAACGGCGGCGGCGCUGAGACGGUGAAACACACGAGGACGUUGACAAACGUGGGGGAGCCCGGGACGUACAAGGCAACGGUGGCGACGUCGGUGACCGGCGGAGAGGUGAAAGUGGCGGUGGAGCCGGCGGAGCUGAGGUUCACGAAGGGGGGAGAGAAGCAAAGCUACACAGUGAGCUUCUCGGCGCCGUCGCUGCCGUCGGGAUCGCUCGGGUUCGGCCGUCUCGAGUGGUCCGACGGCAAGCACGUGGUCGCCAGCCCCAUCGCGUUCAGCUGGACGUGAGAUCAUAUCACGACAAGUAAAGAAAAGAAAAUGGACGGUGAUUGAUGGGGUGGGGAGUGAUUGCUGGGUUACACCAGAAACACGGUGCACCAUCCGCGUCCUCCUCGCUGCUGUCUGGAGAUCCAAACGUGACAACCAAACGUUGCCAGUGUUUGCAUCUUUUUACUUGCAAAUUUGCGAUUUUAUUGUUGUUUUCCGCUAAUUAAGCUAGGUGGAUGUGCAAGAAAAUGGAAAAUCAAAGAAAAAAAAUUUACUUUGGCAAUUUGUAUAUUAUUUAUAUAUAAAAUAGACGCAAAGUGCUCAUGGUGUUUUGGGUCCCUGAA